AUGGAAGGGUUUGAGAGUAGGGGUAGUAUUCAAGAGGCUACCUGCUCCGUCCCUCAAGAUCUCAACCAAUUGCAACUUAAUACCUCAGGAAAUGCGGUAUUUGAUGCAUCACAAUAUGCAUUUUUUGGUAAAGAUUCUGUUGAGGAAGUUGAGUUGGGAGGUUUAGAUGAAGAGGAGGCUCCAGUUGGGUUUGAUGAGGAAGAGUUUCUAUAUGAUAGAGAACAGGGUGACGUAUCUCUAUCUGAUAUUGAUGAUCUGUCUUUAACCUUUGAAAAGUUAAACAAAGAUGUUAGUGGAACAAGGCGUGCUGGAGUAAUUGGUGAUAGAGGAUCCAGAGAAAGUUCAUCUGCUGCUGAAUGGGCACAGGAACAUUUCCCUAACUGGAUUGAUGAAGAUAUAUUGGAUGCUGAAAGCCUUCAGGAUGGGAAACGAUGGUCUUCACAACCGUUUUCUUCUUCUGCACGUCCCACAGAAUCAUUGCCUUUGUACAGAACUUCUUCAUAUCCUGAGCCCCAACAACAGCAGCAGCAGCAGCAUCAUCAUCAUCAACAUUUUUCCAGUGAACCAGUUCUGGUGCCAAAAUCUGGUUUCACUUCAUAUCCUCCCCCAGGUGGCAUCUCUCAGCAGGCUUCGCCAAACCGCCAAUCAAGCCACCUGAACCCAUAUCUUGCUGGUGGACCCCCGGGGGGAUUAUCUUCACCAAACCACUCUCCUUACUCUAACUCUCAACUUCAAAUGACUGGAUUACCUCAUGGAUCACAUUUUGGUGGAAAUUUGCCUCAGCUUACUUCUGGUAUCUCCGCUAAUAGCCGACCCCUAAAACAAUGGGCCAACCAAAGUGGCGCAUAUGGAGAUCAUCCCAGUCUUUUAAACAAUUUAUUGCAACAACAGUUAUCUCAUCAGAAUGGCUUAAUGCCUCCACAAUUGAUGCAUCAGCCACAGCCACAGCCACAACCUCCUAGACUGCACCAUCCAGUUCAGCCAUCAUUUAACCAGUUGUCAGUGAUGCAGUCUCAACUAUUUAACCCCCAUCUUUCUCCAUCCCCGCCCUUGAUGAACAAGUUUGAAGCAAUGCUCGGUAUGGGUGAUCCUCGAGAUCAAAGGCCAAAAUCUGCUCAGAAAGUUAGACUAAAUAUGCGUUUUUCUCAAUAUGGCUUUGAUGCAAGUAGCCAUAGGAGUGAUGGUGGGUGGCCACAAUUUAGGUCCAAGUAUAUGACAGCUGAUGAAAUUGAGGGUAUACUCCGAAUGCAGCUAGCUGCUACACACAGCAAUGACCCAUAUGUGGAUGAUUAUUACCACCAGUAUUGCCUUGCAAGAAAAUCUGCUGGGGCAAAGUUGAAACAUCAUUUCUGCCCAACUAACUUAAGGGAUCUUCCUCCUCGAGCACGAGCUAAUACUGAGCCACAUGCUUUUCUCCAGGUAGAUGCUCUUGGGAGGGUUCCCUUCUCUUCAAUACGUAGGCCUCGUCCUCUUCUUGAAGUUGAGCCUCCAAAUUCAUCCAGUCCUGGCAACACUGAACAAAAGGUUUCUGAGAAGCCACUAGAGCAGGAGCCAAUGCUUGCUGCUAGAGUUGCAAUUGAGGAUGGGCUAUGUCUUCUCCUAGAUGUGGAUGACAUUGAUCGUUUUCUACAGUUCAAUCAACUCCAAGAUGGUGGAAUCCAGUUGAAGCGUAGGCGGCAGGCCUUGUUGGAAGGGCUUGCAACAUCUCUUCAAUUGGUUGACCCACUUGGCAACAAUGGCCACACGGUUGGGCCUGUCCCUAAGGAUGAUCUUGUAUUCCUAAGGUUAGUUUCUCUUCCCAAGGGCCGAAAGCUCCUAGCAAAGUACCUGCAGCUUCUUUUUCCAGGUGGUGAGCUCAUGCGAAUAGUCUGUAUGGCCAUCUUUCGUCAUCUAAGGUUCCUGUUUGGUACCCUCCCUUCUGAUUCACGGACUCCAGAAAUUUCAAAUAUUCUUGCAAGGGUUGUUUCAUCAUGUGUUCGAGGUAUGGACCUUGGUGCACUUAGUGCCUGUCUUGCAGCAGUGGUUUGUUCCUCGGAGCAACCCCCGCUUCGCCCCCUUGGAAGCCCUGCAGGAGAUGGGGCCUCCCUUAUUCUCAAUUCAGUUCUUGAGAGGGCAACUGAACUCUUAACUGAUCCUCAUGCUGCAAGCAACUACAACGUGACCAAUCGGGCACUUUGGCAGGCAUCCUUUGAUGAAUUCUUUGGCCUUCUGACAAAGUAUUGUGUAAAUAAAUAUGAUAGUAUAAUGCAGUCACGGCUAAUGGAGGCCCCUCCAAAUGUGCCUGUUAUUGGCGCAGAUACAGCCAUAUCUUUUAGUCGUGAAAUGCCAGUUGAGCUGUUGCGUGCAAGCCUUCCUCACACUGAUGAGCACCAGAGACAGAUGUUGUUGGAUUUCACACAGCGGUCUAUGCCCAUAGGAGCAUCUAACAGUCGUGAUGGAGGAAAUGGUACUCACAUGAAUUCUGAGUCUGUGCUGAGUUGA